AUGAAGCCCGAGCUCGUUGUGCACCUCAUCGGGAGGCUGCAGGAGAGCGCCGACGGGGCGGGCAAGACCGGGGGUCGGAGCGAGGUGCUGGCGUUCGUGGAGUGCCUCGCGGCCAACCAGGGGCACAUCAUCCUGACGCGGAACAAGGCAGUGAAGGCGGCGACUCCGGAGCUGCUGUGGUCGCUCCUCCGCGAGCCCAGCGUGUCGAGGCACAAGUCUUGCGAGGCGGUGACGAGCUUCUUCGCGCAGAUGCUUCAGAUCUCGCCGACCUUGACCACGGGCGGCGGGCUGGAGGGAGCGGGUCCGACGGGGUAUCUUCACCACCACAAGUUCUUGGGGCAGUGCAUCGAUUUCUUGCGGGAGAAGGCGGAGUGCGUGCCCCCCUCGGGCGUGCUGAGCGAGGCAGAGGAGGCGGCGGUGUCGCGUUCGCUCGAGCUCGUGCGCUUCCUUCUGGAGAAUUUCAACUCGCUGUACCCUUUCCCGGGAAAAUCAAAAAAGGAGGCAGCAACGGCGGCGGCGGCGGCGGCGGCGGCGAAAGGGCAAGGACAAGACCAACUGCAGGGGGAGGGGGGGGGGAAAAGCACCGCCGAGACCGCCAAAAACACGACGGAAAGCGGAGCGGAUGCCGUCGCCGGCCCCCAGCUCCCCGGAGACGCUACGAUGGAGGAUGUGGCGGGAGCAGCGGGGGGAGGAGUGGUCGUUCCCGCGGAGGGCGAGACGCGCGCGGGAGGGGGUGGGGGCGACGCGCUGGGGGCGGAGGAGGAAGGGCUGCCUGUUUUGCUCCUGCGAGAGCUGGCGUCGUUCAGGGCGAGGUUUCCGCAGCGCGUGGGGAAGCAUCUUCGACCCGACGCUGCGAAGCUCGUCCUCAAGCAUCAGGUGCAUCAGCGGCUUGACCUGAUCCGGUAUAUCCACGGCCUCGCUAGCGGAGUUAACCUGUCGGUGGCGCAGCUCCGGGGGCUUUGGGAGAUACUGACGUCUCCGGCGGAGCGUGAGCUUUGUCUGUCUUUCCUGCAGGAGGGCGCGUCGACGCCGAAGAUCCCGAUGGAUCACUUGCACACGGCAUUCGGAGACAAGGAGCGCUUGUUCCUGUUCCGAGAGCUCAUCUGCAAGGACGUCAACUGGGCGGGGCUCGGCAUGCCCGCCUAUUCGUGUUUCGACGCUUUCUUCAAACGAAUCUGGAGCGAGGCCGUCACGGCCGCCCCGGCCGCGGGCCUGAAGGGUGACACCCAGGCCGCUGCCUCGGCUGUCGAGCAGGAGGAGGACCUGACGGAGCUUGGCGUCGACACGCUCUGGCGUGUGACUCUGACGUCGCUUAACAAGGAGGUCGCUGACAGCGCAACAAAUGACCUGCUUGAGAGGUUCCUGCUCGAGGUUCACCCGCUGGAGACGGUGGGGUCGCUUCGGGCGCGGGUCGCGAGCAGCGCGGGGCAGGCGGCGGACUUCACGCGGCUGCUGUCGGGCGGGAAGACGAUCCAGGUGGACGCCGCGACGGUCGCCGACGCCGGCAUCAAGGACGGGGCCAGCCUGUGGACCCUGCCGAGCCCCACGGCGCUCAUCCGCGGGGUGAGCGUCGGCGGCUCUGCGGGGCACCAGCAGCAGCAGCAGGCGGAGAGGCUCCGGCUGGAGGAGCUGGCGCGGAGGACCGCGGCCGCCGCGGCUGCUGCCGCCGCCGCUGCCGCCGGUGGUGCCGGUGCCGGGGUGGCGGCGCACGACGGAGACGUCAUCGCCAGGCAGAGCGGGCCGUUCGAGGAGCUCUUCCGAUUGCUGGAGUGCGCUCAUGGUCUGCAGGACCCGGCCAUCACGAAGGCCGUGUGGGACCUCCUGAUGUCUCUUCCAACCCAGUACGAGCUGGCGCGCCGCGUGAAAGAGACCGCCCUCGCCACGGCCGCCGCCGCCGCGGCUGCCGUGACGGAGGGGCCGUCGGCCAUGGAGGAAGAGGACGUCGGUGCCGCGGAAGAGCGGGCGGGAGGAGCGAACGGGCCCGGCGUGGCGCCGGCCGCGUGGGCGGAGCUGUUGCCGCUGGAGCGCAACUGGCACAAGACGGUGUACACGCUGCAGAUUAUCGACGCGCUCCUGCUCCCGGCGCCGCAAGUCCUCGGUGCCGUGCCGUGGGCGGCAGAGACCGACGAGUUCCGUUCCGGGUUCCUCCAGGGCGGUGGGUUCGCCCGCGUGCUGGAGGUGGCCAUGGCCGCCCCCACCGACGGCGACCGCGACGUUACCCUAGGCCACGCCUCCGUUCUCCGCAUCCUCAAGACGUGCCUGUUCUACCCCCCGCUGCAAGUCUUGACGCCGCAAGCGCCGCGGGUGGGGCGAGGGAGGGAUGGCCGCGGCAGCGGUGGUACGGGGGUGCGGAAGGCGACAGGGACGGCCGCUACUCCCGCCGCCGCCGCCGGGGGCGCGAACUUGGUGGCGAGAGCGCUGCCGCCGAUGCCGCCGCCGUGCCCGGCCGCCCGCGCGGCCAUGGACGUGCCGGACGCGGACCUCCAGCAGCUGCUCGACAAGCUCGUCUUGAUUUCCCUGGCGGCCCAGCGGCGAUGGCUGGCGAGCUUGGCGGCGGCAGCUGCGGCUAGAAACGACGGGACGGACUCUCUCUCCAAGCACGAUGAGGAGAUGGAGGAGAAGCGGCUCUACCGCCAGGGGUUUACAGGAGCCCCCCCCCAAAACAAACAACCAAAGGUGAUCACCGACUGUCUGGCCGUAGUCGGGUCCAUCCUCGGCGAGAAGCCCCAGAUGAUGGCGGCCCUGUCCAGGAACGCCGACGCAAGGGAGUUCGUCGUGGGCACCCUCACCCGUAACCCGGAGCCCCGCGUGAGGAGGCAGAUGGGUCAGCUGCUGCUGGGGGCGAGGCCGAUGGCCGGGGUCCUGCUAAGCUGGCUCACCGGAGAGCUAGAGGACCUCCCUCUCGGCCACACGGAUUGCGACGAGUUCUUCACCUGCUGUCGUGACCUGGUCUUCGAGAACCUCCGCCCGCGCAGAGUGGCUUCCUUGCCGCCCGCCUCCAAGGCAGACUUGGAGGUGCCGGUGGUGGUGCCGGAGGGUGCGGGUGCUGCAACAGGCACUGCUGCCACCGCGGGCGGUCCAGAGGCGGGUAGCAGCGCCAACACCACUAGUGCUACUGCCCCGCCGACGGUGACUCUUCCGACCGCCGCCGCCGGCAGCGGCAGCGGUAGCGGUGGCGGUGGCGGCAAGGCGGAGCUCGACCUGGGAGCGCUGGGGCGGGCGCUGUCGGCGAAGAUGGUGUCGAUGCCGCGCGACGGGCACGGAUCUUGCAAGGCGGUGCUGCAGGGCUGCCUGGAGCUGCUGAGGGACCUGGUGGAGAUCGAGGGGCCCGACGGGACCUUCCUGAAGGGGGCGGAACUCGGGCAGGACUUUGUUGGGAAAAUAUUUAAGGGUUUCCUGUUCACGAUGCCGGAGCAGAGGGGACGGGGGAUGCGGGUGGAGCGUCCGGUAUGCGCGGACCCUGCGACAAGGCGUGCCGCUCUCAACGCCCUUGCCUCGGCGGCCAGGAAGAGCCCGAAGGCCAUGUCCGCGCUGUUGGACAACGUGGACGUGUUUGUCGGGAGAGUGUUACCGUCUUUGCGGCAUAGGUGGGGUUACGAGUGCAGCUUCGACGCCAAGAGGCCCCAGAGCGGCGGUUUCGUGGGGCUCAAGAACCAGGGCUGCACGUGCUACAUGAACUCCUUGCUGCAACAGCUGUUCAUGGUCCCGGCUUUGCGCAAGGGCAUCCUGGAGGCGAAGCUACCCCGCCGCAACCUCCAAGACUUUCCCCGCGAGCUCGUGGGGAGGCGGGUGGCCGUGCAGUGGGAGACCGGGGGCUCGGUCGAAGCCUACGUGCACUCAUACAACGAGCGCUCAGGGGAGCACGUCAUCAGGUACGACGCGAAGGACGAGGUGACCUUCCGCCUGGGUCCGGGGGGCGGCCGCCCCGGCAAGGAGACCGGCGCCGUGAGCCUCGUGUGGGGGGACUCGCCGUCGUCGCGGGGCGGGGAAGGGAUGGGCAAGACGAUGACGCCCGACGAGGCGACCGCUCAGGUGCUGGAGCAGGUGCAGCGGACGUUCCUCCACCUGAGGGACGGGGAGAGGAGGUUCUUCGACCCGAUCAGGCUGGUGGAGGCGUGCCGGUGCCUCAACCUCGAGUACCUGGUGCACCAGCAGAACGACGCGAGCGAGUUCUGCGACAAGCUCCUGGACCGCGUAGAGUCUGGGAUGAAGGCCGGCCAAGCCGCGGUGGCAGAGGCGGCCGGCGGUGGCGGUGGAGGGGUCCCCGCCGGGGGCGGGGGCGGCGGGGCCGGCGGGGCCGGGAAGCGGAGCGUUGCGGCGCUGGAGAGGCUGUUCGGGGGCACGUGGGUGCACCAGAAGAUUCCGACCGGGUGCUCGCACAGGACCAACAGGUCGGAGCCGUUCAUCAACCUGGAGGUGAACAUCAGGGGCAAGGAGUCGCUGGAGGAGAGCCUGGCGAGCUUCCUUGAGUCGGAGCUCAUGGCCGGGGACAACAAGGUGGACUGCGAGGACUGCGGGGAAAAGAAAGACGCAAGGAUGAGGACCUGCCUGGAGCACCUGCCAAACCUGCUCAUCGUCCACCUCAAGCGAUUCGAGCUGGACUACCGUACCUUCGAAACGGUCAAGCUCAACGACCGAUGCUCCUUCCCCAUGCUGCUGGAUUUGAAGCCCUACACCAUGAAGGGCACGGACGAGAGGGAGGCCAUGGAAGAAGCAUUGCAGGCGGCCGCCGAGGCCUCCGGCGGCGACCUGACGCUCGAGCAGGUGACCAAGCUGCACGAGGAGCAGUCGGCCAAGAUGAAGGAAGACGCCGGCGACUACCUCUACAACCUGGCGGGCAUCCUGGUCCACGCCGGGGUGGCCCAGGGCGGCCACUACUACUCGUACAUCCGCGACAGGGGCAAGAGCGCCUACGAAGACGGGGCGGGGCCGGGGGCAAGAGCCGGGGCUGCCGACGACAAGACUCGAGGAGACGCAGGAGAUGGUGGUCGGAAGAGGGCGGCGGGAGCCGAAGGAGGGGCUACCAGCAAUGGCGGUGGUGGCGGCGGCGGCGGGAAGGGAGUUGAGGGAGGCGCGGCGGGGGUCAGGGGGUCAGAGAGUGCUGCUGGGGGACAGGGGGCGUGGUACAAGUUUGAGGAUGACGACGUGACUCCCUUCGACCCGCAAGAAAUCGAGGCCUGUUGCUUCGGCGGAACGACCCUGUCCACUUCGACCUGGCAAGGGGUCAACACGACGGUGGAGCACGAGAGGACGGCGAACGCGCUCCUUCUCUUCUACGAGAAGGUGCAGCCCAAGGGCUGCCGACCCCCGGAGGGCGAUGCCGCCGGUGCCGUUGGCGGCGGCAGGAUGAGCAACGGGGAUCACGACGGCGAUCAGGAGAUGGGGGACUCGGUUGAGGCUGCCGCUGCUCAGGCCGACGAGAGCGCCGGGGGCGGGGAUGAGAACGCUGCUCCGCCGCCGCCGCCGCCGCCGCCGCAGGGGUGCCCGUCUGGGAGCGCCGGGGACAAGGGCACCGCCGGAGACGGCGGCGGCGACGCCGGAGCGAAGGAACGGGGAAGCCUCGUACCGCUAGCGGCGGCUGCGGACAACAUGUCUCCGGUGACGACGGAGUCGGACCCCGACGGGCCGCCGCCGGUCGGGAAGGGCGGGGGGUCCGCGGAAUCGAAGCUGGAGGUGGUCGGGUUCGGUGUGAAGAAGGCGGGGGCGGGGGCGGUGCCCCUGCUGGACGGGGUCGAGGCCUACGCGGAGGAGGUGUGGGAGGCGAACGUGCAGUACAUGCUGAACAGCUACGUCUUCGACACGGAGUUCCACCACUUCUUGAGGGAGAUCACGGCGGCCACCGUGGGUGCUGGAGACGGUCUCCCCGCGAGCACCGGCAAGGACGCGGACGGGGCGCCGCCCAGUGUUAACGAGUGGGGCAAGGGGGAUCCGUCCGAGGUGAGCCUGAGCGCGCGCGUGCUGGAGAUGGGCAUGACGGCGGUGCUAGACGUUAUCCUGCACAGCCGAGAGAGGCUGGACGUGAAGGCCUGGGAGUUGCUGCUGCAGAGGGCGCUGGCGAUCAGCCCGGAGAUGUGCAGGUGGUUCCUGUCGUCCCUGCUGGACCGUCCCAGGCCGGAGGGAUCCGUCUAUUGGUUGCGCCAGAUCACGCUGGAGUGCGUGGACGUGAUGGCAAGGCACACCGCCGCACGGCUGAUCGCGCACGCUUGCUGCUGCGGGGCGAACGACCCUGACGAGGCGGCGCUGCUCAUGGCCGUCGACCGCGCGUCGGGGAGGGCGCUUCACAGUACUGAAUUUUGCCACGAAGAGAGGAUGCUUGUGAUCGUGGCACUCAGUUAG